AUGAACUCCCUGAACAUCCUCUCGUCGCGAGUCAUCGGCCAGGCUACUGCGAGCAAUUCGUCGCGGGCCCGAUCCCACUCGCAGGGCCAUGUCCUCAACCCGCGAGGAGGCCUGGCCGCCAGCAGCAGAUCCUACAGCGACGGCAACAUCAACAUACACCAGCACUCGAUGCAGGCCGAUGGCAUCCCUGGAGACGACGAGGACGAGCUUGAGGCUCGCGGUGAGGUGCUGUCGCUGCUGACGGUCGAAGACGCCGACCAGAAGCAAGCUCUGGCGCAGGACUCAGCAGCACCUACAACGGCCGGCACGGUGAUCCUGCCUAUAACGCAACGGUUCUUCGGCGCCCUGCUCGAGACGCUCAAGACGAUCCUCUCGAUAUUUGCCUCGCCCGCCGUCUUCCUGGGGCGCCGGUUCUACUCUAGGGACGGCCAGUUUUCGCUCGUGGAGCCGUUACGGUCUCUACGGCAGGACAAUAGCACCACCGGCAACACCCGCCGAAGUAGAAGAGACGGCGCAGACUCUGGCAGCAGACCGGACAGGGGCCCGAAGAGACCAUCCAGAGGCUCUCCAAGGCUGCGGGACUCUCUAUCUUCCGAGUCGUUGUACUCCAAUACCUCAGAAUCAGAGACUGACCGGGCCCUGGGCGAGCCUGGCAUGCGCAGCCGGCAUUCACGGCGGAAAUCCAGCCUGGCCACGACAGACAAUGAUGAAGCCACUCCUCGGCGCUCAAUCAGAAUAAAGAUACAGAACGAGAGCAAGCAGAAUCAUGAACAGAGACGCUCCAAGGUUAGGGCUUCCCGUCGUAGCGACGGCAGCAGCAACACCAGCAGUGCGACUGGCAACGGCAAUAUGGACCCGGUAGCAGACAGUUUGAAGUCACCCGUCUCCCAGGCAGCCCGCAAGCUGACAAGAUACCCUCAUGCGCCUACGCCUCCCAGACCGUUGGUCCCCCGUCGGCAACCUUCCUAUAUAUUUGGGGCACCCCCUCCUCGUACGCCCCAGAAGACACUCAUCCUCGAUCUCGACGAAACCCUCAUACACUCCCUCUCCAAGGGCGGCCGCAUGUCAAGCGGACACAUGGUUGAAGUCAAGCUCUCCAUGCCCAUGGCCUCUGCGGCCGCUCCGGGAGCAGCACCUACCAUCCUCGGCCCCCAGCAUCCUAUCCUCUACUACGUCCACAAGCGUCCUCAUUGCGACGCUUUCCUACGUAAGGUCUGCCAGUGGUAUAAGCUAGUUAUAUUUACGGCCAGCGUGCAGGAAUACGCAGACCCGGUCAUCGACUGGCUGGAACAAGAACGCAAGUACUUCCAUAGCAGAUACUACCGGCAACACUGCACGAUACGCAACGGCGCUUAUAUCAAGGAUCUCAGCUCCGUUGAGCCAGAUCUAAGUAAAGUUAUGAUCUUGGAUAACAGUCCAAUGAGUUAUAUAUUUCACGAAGAUAAUGCAAUUCCUAUCGAAGGCUGGAUCAACGAUCCUACAGACAACGAUCUCCUUCACCUCAUACCCAUUCUAGAGGCAAUGCAGCAUGUAACUGAUGUCCGGGCCCUUCUGGCCCUUCGACGAGGUGAGGUCGGAAGCUAG